AUGACCCACCCUUCCAUCUUCAUCCCUUCACAAACAAUGGACUCCAUACCUUUCGAAUGGAACGUCUUCGAGCAACAAUUCUUCACCUGGCACCAACACCUGGACACCACUCUCUCAUCCACCAACCUGUCCACCCCAUCCAGUAUCCCCUCAACAACUGAACCUCCCGCCUCAUACGCGCACUCCUCCUCAUCCUCCAGCAGGGGAGCAAAUUCACCUACCACGGGAGAACAGGCCUUGGAUCUCGAUCUCGAUCUCCCCAUAAAGAAUGACCCGAAAUCAAAGAAAGCACCUACUCGUCGCCGCAUCCAAAACCGGCAAGCACAGCGUGCGUUCCGGCUUCGGCAGAAAAUGCAUGUUGAAUCACUUCAAGAGAGAUUGAAGUAUCUGGUGGGUGCGUAUGAGGAGUUGAGGAGGAGGUAUGUAUUUUUGAGUGGGGAGUAUGAGAGGAUGGUAAGUGUUGGAGUGGGGGUUGGAGUUGGGGUUGAGAGGAUUGGUGGGCUGGAGGGCGGGAGAAAUGGGAGUGUAGUUGGGAGUGACAGUGUGGGUGGAAAGUUCAAGGGUUGGUGGGGUACAGGGGAGCAGGUUGAUGGUGGAGAUGAAGGUCUGGAGGACUGUGACGGUGAAGAGGUUGAACUGGAAGGAAGUGUCGAUGUAGAGAUUGAUUUCCAGACGGAGCCUGGGCGCAAAUCAGGCCUUGAUGUAGACAAGGCGAUCCCGCCACCAAUGGUCGUUGAUGGGUAUCAGCAGCAGCACGAUUCUGUUGUGGAGUUGAAGAGUGUAUGUCUGCAUGGUAUGCUGGCUUCUGAUUUAUGGGUUGGGUAA